AAAUCGGACAUUAGUGAUUCGUCUUUUGGUGGCUAAACUUCGCUUAUUGAAACGGAAAUUUGAAAUUUUUUUAAAUUUCAUCUGCCGGUAUCGAGAAGAGAAUAAUUUGUUGUCUAUCGUUAAUUUAUUUAAAUAGAAACUAAAGAUGCCUAAAUUGCAAAAGCCAGCUCCCCAAUUCAAAGGCACCGCCGUUGUCAAGGGUGUCUUCAAGGAUAUCUCUUUGGAGGAUUACAAAGGCAAAUAUGUUGUGUUGUUCUUCUAUCCCUUGGACUUUACUUUUGUUUGUCCCACUGAAAUUAUUGCUUUCUCUGAUCGUGCCGCUGAAUUCCGCAACAUUGGCUGUGAGGUCAUUGCCUGCUCCACAGACAGUCAAUACACCCAUUUGGCCUGGAUCAAUACCCCACGCAAGCAAGGUGGUCUGGGUGAAAUGGAUAUUCCCUUGUUGGCUGAUAAAUCCAUGAAAAUUGCCCGCGACUAUGGUGUAUUGGAUGAAGAUACUGGCAUACCAUUCCGUGGUCUCUUCAUCAUUGACAAAAAUCAAGUGUUGCGCCAAAAGACCAUUAAUGAUUUGCCUGUAGGCCGCAAUGUUGAUGAAACAUUGCGCCUUGUGCAGGCAUUUCAGUUCACCGAUGAACAUGGUGAAGUCUGCCCAGCUAACUGGAAGCCCGGACAAAAAACCAUGGUCGCCGAUCCCAAGAAGUCUCAAGAAUAUUUUGCUGCCGCUUCAUAAAUGUUGCUGCAAUAAUCGCAUUUACGAUGAACAGCAGCCCAUAUCACAAAAACCACAUAUACAAUAAUAAGAUUGGGAUCAAGGGAUCAGAAGCUGCCACCAAAACAAUAAUCUAUCAAACUGUAGCAGUAACAGCAGCUAUUUGUUAAACAAAAAGUUACAUAUUUUGAUUUUAACUCUGGUAGUUAAAAAUGUUAAAUUUAAUUUUCUAUUUUUAACAAAAAAAGGAAACACUUUCGAAUCGUUGCCUUGCAGGCAUGAAAUUUUCAUCACCAUGUCACUACUUUUUUUAUUAAAUGUAUGAAUAAAAUUCUAUAAAGCCCAUAUGCAUAAAGAGGCCCUACUUAAAGUCCCAAGACUUUAUUUAGGUUUAUAUAUAUUUUUUUUAUAAUCUUCAAAGCGAUUCCCAUGAUAUGUAGCUCCCUUAAACCUUAAAUACUAGAAUAGUAGUAGUGCAUACACACCUGUGGUCACUCACCACCAUUUACAACUACCAUUUAUAAUGUAUUCUAAUAAUAAAUGCACUUAUCUGUGCUUUAGAACUGGAAAAUAUUCAAUAUCAGUGUUAUAUAAAACAAUAAAUGGAAAAAAUAUAUAACACAAUUGA